GGUAUACAAGUAUCGUUAGUCGAGUGAUGCGCGUUUUGCUGGGCAGCAACUGAAGGAACACAAAGCUUCUGAGAGCCAGAAGUGCCCCGAGCCCGAGAAACACAUCCAAGGAAGGGUUUUGCUCUCGAAAAUUAGGAGUAUAAAGUGUUGGAUCGGAGCAAGAGAAGAAGGGAAAAAGCGCAAAAUUUAAAAAGCCAGAGAGAUGAUCGCCACCACGCAGCAGAACAUGACCACAGAGCUGGACCUGGGCAGUACCGGGGGCCCCCCGCGGAACUGGAAGGGCAUCGGGAUAGCCAUGGUGGUGAUCUUGGCCGUUCUCUCAUUGGUCAUCCUUUCCAUCAUGCUGCUCACUCCCGACGAGUCUCGGCUUUUGCUGCAGUCUCGUCUCACCUUGGAUGACCUGGAGAGUGAGAAGUUCAAAGUGCAUGACCCUUCCGUCACUUGGCUCAACGAGAAUGAGGUAGCGCUUCGGACCAGGGAAGGUCACGUGAUCAAACAUGACCUGAAUUCCAACCAGACCGUCACGCUGCUGGACAACAGCACCUUUGACCUGAAGACUGCCAAGUUCCAGGUGUCCUCAGACCAGAGGUUUGUCUUGCUGGCAUACAACAUACAGCCGGUGUUCUCACAGUCCUUCACAGCCUCCUAUGCCAUCUACAACGUGGCCGCCGGGGAUGUAACUGAGCUCAUUCCCCCGGGGACGGACACAUCUGUGCUGCAAUACGCUGCCUGGGGUCCCCAGGGAAACCAGCUGGUUUACAUUUAUGACAACAACAUUUACUACCGGCCUGAAGUGUCCAGCAGCGCCCUGCGUCUCACUUCAACUGGCCGGGAGGGGCUGGUGGUCAAUGGCUUGACCGACUGGAUCUAUGAGGGUGCAAAUGUGUAUGACCAUCUUGUUAUGUGGACAGAGGAGGUAUUGUUGUCGUACCCCGCACACUGGUGGUCGGGGGACGGGGCCCGACUGGCCUACCUGACCAUCAACAACUCGGCCACACCCUUUAUGGAGAUACCCCGCUUCCUGGGAGGGAUCUACCCCUCUCCUGUAUUCUACCCCUACCCCAAGGCUGGUACUAAUAUUCCAUCCGUGAGCCUCUAUGUGGUUAACCUCUACGGUCCAGCUCACACCUUAGAGAUGGUUCCUCCAGACUCCUUCAAAUCAAGGAACUACUACAUUUCCAUGGUGAGCUGGAUCAGCAGCACCCGCCUGGCAGUGCGCUGGGUGAACCGGCCCCAGAACCAGUCGGUGCUGUCCGUGUGUGAGGCCACCACUGGGGCGUGUUCAGAGAAACACAAAAUGGUCAUAGAUCUUUGGCAGGAUCAGCUCCAGGAGGCACCACUCUUUUCUGAGGACGGCUCCUUGUUCUUCCUGACCCUCCCUGCCAAGCAGGGUGCCCGAGGGGACUUCCGGCACAUCGCCUCUCUUCCUGCCCAGCCGGCGGCCUCCUCCACCCCGCCCCGCUUCCUGACAUCCGGAAACUGGGAUGUCUCAUCACUCUGUACCCUGGAUGAAGAAAAUGGAAAAAUAUACUUCCUGAGUACUGAAGUGUCGAGGCAGAGCAGGCACUUAUACAGCGCUGACCUGAGUGGUGUGUUCCAGCGGCAGUGUCUUACCUGCAACCUCAUGGAGAAUUGCAGCUUCCUCAAGGCCCAGUUUAGCCCGAGUCGGACCAGAUUUACCCUCUACUGCCUGGGACCUGGAAUCCCAAAGGUGACUGUUCACAGUACAAAGGAGCCUCACAGGUACAGUGUACUGGAAGACAACAAGCCACUGGCCCAGGCGCUGGAGGGAAAACGACUCCCACAGAUGCAGUUCCGGACCGUCUCCACCGAGAACUAUGACCUGCACCUGAAGCUGUCCUUGCCUCCGGCUCAAGAAGGAAACCUGCAUCCGCUUCUCAUCAUAGUAGACGGGGAGCCUGGUAGCCACGCGGUGACGGCAGAGUUCAACCUGGGCUGGCCUCAGGUCCUCUCCAGCAGCUACGGUGUGGCCCUGGCCUGGGUGGAUGCCAGGGAUGGGGCUCUCAGGGGUCAGAGGUCAACUCGCCAUGAUGCCAGGAAGCUGGGCUCCCUAAAAGUCAAGGAACAGCUCAGUUUUGUGGAAUGGCUGACGCAGCUGCCUUUCAUUGACCACAGACGGAUCGCCCUGUAUGGGAAGGCAUUUGGUGGCUAUUUAACGCUGAAGAUGCUCGCUGCAACGGACAAACUGUUCAAGUGUGCGGCUGUGAUGGCCCCCAUAACGGAUUUCAAACUGUACAGUGCUGCUUUCUCAGAGAGGUACCUUGGCCUGCCUUCCAAAGAAGAGAGCUCUUACACGGCAGCAUCGGUACUGGAAGAUGUCCACAAGCUGAAAGAUGAGCGCUUCCUCAUCCUACAUGGAACUUCAGAUGCGCGGGUACACUUCCAGCACAGUGCCGAGCUGCUGAGUCGCCUAGUGAAGGUGGAGGCCAACUACACCCUCCAGCUGUACCCAGAUGAGGGACACAGCCUAAGGGCUGAGAGAAGCCAGCAGCACUUCCAUCGCACACUGAGCCAGUUCCUCCAGACUUGCCUCAUUCAGGCACCCUACCAGGAGCCAGCAGAGGACCAGGAGGAUGACUAUUGAGGCCCCUGGCUCAAGCACGCCCGCCACUGGCCAAUGGGAAGAAUGGCCAGAACCCCUCUCUCAUUUUGAGCAUUGACCCUGCAUCUCUGUGUUCCCGUGUCAGUGUUCAGCACUACAAGUACAAAAAUGCCCUGAGCCGUGUCGAUUUAUUCCAGGCCCGUGCAAGCUUCGUGACUCUCCGAUUUGUGAUUGCCGACUGUCUCGCCGGAGAUUUUCGUUAGGACUUCUUCUUCAAUGCGCUGACCGUGAAGCUUCGCACAGUGAAAAAUUGGCCAAGUGUCAGGCAGCAGCACAUGGAGGCCUUUAGAAAUCCCAUUUGAUUCUUGCCGAACGUUUAACGGGAGGCGAUCCUUUCGGUUAUUAAAUACACCAGAGACUGAGCGAGACGGCUUUAGAAAAAGAGAGCUAGUUGAGCGAAUGUCUGACCUGUGGUGAAUGAGAAGAGCAGCGGUACCCUGAUGAACGCAGGAAUGUAGGUUUUUAGGCUGCAGGGAGUCAGUCUGCAUCGAGCACUAAAUUCUGUCGUUUCCUCAAUGAUAAGCAGCGACGAGCCUCUUUCACAGGAUUAUUCUUCUUGCAAAUUUGUGUUCUUGACCCCUGAGGGUGUCUACUUCUACAUUUUGUCACCUGACACCUUUCUCUCCAGGGCUCUGCCUGAGGCAGGCAGUGGAUUGUGGAACCGUCUGACUGUUGGCAGAGUUUUAACCGAGGCAUAAAUGUUAAAUGUGGUAUAGUAUGUCUCCCUGAAGGAAAACACAGUUUAAGGGUAUAUCGAAUUUAUUAACAACAUUCCUAAGAAGCUGUAUUUCAAAGAAACCCAGCAAUAAAAUACUGCCUACUACUGACAUUUAAGAUAACCGGCAAAAUUAUGCCGUUUCUCUAGCUUUUCCCGCUUUUACCCCAUUCUUUUUUGAUCGGUUGUGCCUGUUCACUCUUGCUCGGUAUGCCACACUCUGGGCAUUCUUAUUGCCAACUUGGAAUGCUGUGCUCGGAAAAAAGAAUACAAUAUGAAUACGGUGAUGAUGAUGAUUAAAAGAAAGACUACACGUUCCGGUGUGAUAGAUACCACAUCCGUAUCUCCACUUUUACCACACAGACAAUGAAGCCUCUUCGGUUCCCACCCGAGCCACGCUAACAUGGUGACAUGCAUGUUGUUUGUUUCAAUGGAAUGCCCGUCAGUCUUGUUUUAUUGCACAUGUCCUUUUUCUAUUUUUUCAUCAAGAAAGGUAUGAUCAGAAUGAUUGAAUCCUAAUAAAGUAGUUAUAGUCUUUGAUUUA